AAAGCAUAAAGGCGAGAGAAAUGCAUAUUUUGUAACAUAUUUAUUGGCAGUCAAAAUGAUUUGAUCUCAGAUCUCAGAUCUCAGAUCUCAGUAGUUGAAGAAUAAAAGUGUUAAAUAAGGAAAAGACCCAUAAAUUUAGCAAAUGCAAUAAAGUAAUUAAAAGAAAACGGUAGAAAAAAAGUGUUUUGUUGGUGACAGUGGGAGAGGCAGAAGCAUUUGUGUCUCCAGUGAGAGCGAAUUCUGAGAAGAAGAAAGAAAGAAAGAAAGAAAGAAUGUCUUCUUCCAUAACGAGCGUGCAUCUGACGGCCUUGGACGCCAUAGUGAACGUGAACUCGCUCUUCACUCUGGCCGUCUUCAUCGGCCUCGCCUGGAACCCUAACGAUCCGGAGAACAACCUCAACUCCGAUCCGGCGUGCGCGCCCACCGCCGCCAUCGCCGAGAACCUCGUCGCCUUCCACGUCUACUCCUUCAGCUCCUUCCUCUUCUCCAGCCUCGUCGCGCUCGCGCUCAAGCAGGCCGUCCGCCUCUCCCGCACCACCUCCUUCCACUACCCCGCCGCCGUCGAGCACAUCGCCGCGCACGUCAACCGCACCGCCCUCCGCGUCGGCAUGCUCGUCUCCGGCGCCGGCUCCGUCGCCGGCUGCGCAUUCCUCAUGCUGGCGCUGGUCAACGUGGCGCAGCUGAAGCUCGGAACCCUGGCCUGCGGAAGCUCGCACACCUACGCCGCCGUGGUGCCGCUCGUGAUCCUGGUCCCACUCGCGCUCCUCAUCUACGUCUCUCUCGUCCUCUACGCCUUCACUCGCUAGAUUAGGAUUAGGGUUUUGAAUAUGCUCAUGUUGGAAUUUGACAAGUUUCUGUAGUUAUUGGUGGAAACUGGAAUCAUUCUCUCUAGUUCCCUGUGAAUCCAUGAAAGAACGAAGAUCCACUUUUUCAUUUGCUUACAA